CCUCAGUAGGAGGGUCCAGGAAGGACGCGCUCACGUGCUCUCCAAGUUGAAACAGAAGGUGAAAGGAUCGAUAAUUAACAUAUAAUCACUCAUCAACACCGCUGAGGAUCUCAUCAGCUCGAGGUGAGGUCUGUCUGCGGUCCCUUGUCUCGAUCUUGCCCGGCCAGAGGCUGUCACCUGCGCCCGGGAGGAGAUGAAGAGCAGCGGAGGAUCACCGGCGUCCCUGUUGCCGCUGCUGCUGCCGCUGCUGCUGCAGCUGCUGGCAGCGGUUUGUGUCGACGGGUACAAGCCUGUCAUCAUCGUGCACGGCAUCUUCGACGGACCCAAGCAGUUCGAAAAGCUGUCUCUUUUCAUAGACAAGGUGCAUCCAGGCACGGAGGUGACGACGAUCGACCUGUACGACAACAUGGCCAGUCUGAAGCCACUGUGGAGGCAAGUCCAGGGCUUCAGGAAGGCCAUCGAAUCCAUCAUGAAGAAGGCCCCUGAUGGCGUCCAUCUUCUUUGUUUUUCACAAGGCGGUCUAAUUUGUCGAGCACUGGUCUCCACGAUGCCAGACCACAACGUUCACACCUUCAUCUCGCUGUCGUCACCGCAGGCUGGACAGUACGGAGACACAGACUACCUGCGGUGGGUGUUUCCUAAAUACUUGAAGAGGACAGUGUUCCGUGUUUGCUACAACAGAUUAGGACAGAAAGUGUCUAUCUGUGACUACUGGAACGACCCUCACCACAGGCCCUGCUACCUGAAAGGCAACAGCUUUCUGACGUUGCUCGAUGGCGACAGACCUCACAACGCCAUGAAAGCGUGGAGGGGAAACUUCCUGCGCAUCAAGAAGCUCGUGCUUAUUGGAGGACCAGACGAUGGCGUCAUCACACCGUGGCAGUCCAGCCACUUUGGAUUCUAUGACAGCAACGAACACAUUGUGGAGAUGAGGAACCAGGAGUUUUACAAGAACGACACGUUUGGGCUGAAGACGCUGGACGCUCGCGGGGACAUUACGAUGUGCGUUCACUCCGGAGUGAAGCACGUUCAGUGGCACUCCAACUUCACAGUGUUCAUGAGCUGCAUGGAGAAGUGGCUCACAUGAAACCAACUCACCCCGCAGUGUGAAGGAUGUUAACGCAGAGCGCUGUUCAGCUGAUGAUCUAACCAAACUGAUCAAAACUAAACUAAUCUGAUCCAGACAGACGCUGUUGUGUUUGGAAAUACUGUAGAAAUUGCUUAUGAUUGUGCAAAAGCUUUCCAGAUGAAUGAUAUUUUAUUAAAAAAGGUGAAACAAAGAAGCUUCUACCUAUGAUUUUUUUGUCCCA